AUGAAGUACGUUCAGCUUACAAUCGAGCUCAUCACCAAGGCCUUUGAGACAUUCUCCUCUAAGAAGGGAGUGGAGUUUAACAAGAAAGAUGCAAAUAAGAUCUUUAAGGCGCUUGAUGAGGAUGAGGAAGUAGAGAGAUACUACUUUUGUGGAGAAAAGUGCACCAAGUCCAAGCGCAAAUGCAUGAAGGAAGUUGAUGAUGAAGGCAUGCAUUGUUAUGUCCACGAUCCUGCGCGCAAGUGUCAAGGCACAACUAUUAAGGGUGCUAAUUGUGGUAGUGUAGCCAAACUUGGUCAAACAUACUGUGGACGUCAUCAAGAUCAAGAUAGAGGUUAUAUAAAACGUAGUAACAACAACGCACCUGUCGACAAGCGUACCAAGUCUUCCAAGGCUUUAAAGAAGACACAUACUUCUAAGUUUGUGUCUUCCGAUGACGAUAUGACUUCCGAGGAUGAAGAACCAAAGAAGCGAAAGAGAAACAAGCAGGAGUCAUCGGAUGAAGAGCCGUCCGAUGAUGAUGAUGAAGAAGAUAUAAUUGCCGUCUCCUUUCCGUUGAGUCCAAAGUACAUUAUUAGGCUAAAGGAAAAGAAUCUCUACAUUGCAUUGUGUCCACCUAAGCUCAUGGGCAAGAAUCUCCCUGCGCCAGAAAUAUCUGAGAAAGAGGCACGCAUAUUGGCCAAGAUGGGUCUUCAAGAGGCAACUUCAGCAGAUGUAGAAAAAAUAGAAGAGUCUUCUGCUGAUGAGAAUUCUGACGAUGAUACAGAUGAUGGUGAUACGUCUGAUAAUGCUGACUCUGACGAUGAUUCCUCUAAAGAUAAAGACUCUGAUGAUGGCAAGUCCAAUAACAGACCUGAUGUAGAAUCUGGAGAUGAUACCUCUAAGGAUAACCCUGAUGAAAAACUAUCUCAUAAAAAGCCAUCUAAGGAUGAUGAGAAGAAGACUUCUCGAAAGAAAAGGCAUACAGAGAUGCCCAAAAAUGCAGAGCCAUCUUCUAAUGUAGAUGUUUCUAAGGAUGAAAAAGAUGAACACACAUUUGCACUGGCCACAACGGUGCGUAACAUUAGAUCAGAGAAAGACAUACCACUUGCAAAGGAUGGAGGAUGGAUGGUUCAUCCUAAUAACGACAUGCUUGAGUAUGCAACUAACUUUACGAUGAAGGCUAAGCGGCCCCUUCAUGUGCAGAGGAUAUAA